CCCUUCGUCCUUUCAUACAAGAUAAUCACCUUGUUUUUCUCAGUUACCUAUGAUAUGUAUCUCCUUUUGAGUGUUGUUAAUGAUUCUUUUGUUUUCGCUUCUUGAGAUGAAAUUGUCCUGUUUGAAAUUGCAAAUUAAAGAUUGAGCUCAGAAGCAUUCUAUGAAGGCUACUUUCUUCUCAUCUUGUAGAGGUUAUUUAUUAUUUUUUCUUAGUUACAAUCUAGUUUAGAGUCCAAUUCCAUGGAAAUUUUCAUUUUACUUUGUAUCCUUUAGAGCACCGUCACAAUCCUUGGGACCCGUCAUUACAUUAUCUCACAACUGCAAGAUUGACAUGAAACCUAAACCCAACUCCUUAGUCAAGUUCUUUUCCUUAUUCAUUACCCCUCAAAGAUUUCUCUCUUUGCAUAGAAACCCGACCGAUAAAUCUCCUUUAUUCUUCAUUUCUUCCACGUUCGCCACAUAUUCGACAAUAAGCCAAAGCCAAGUUGAAAAUGUUUUGGAGAAUGCUGUAGAGGAACCAAAGGACUCUGUGGAGGUUCUUAGGAAAUGGGGUUGUAGUGACAAUGAUAUAUUAAAAAUUUUGUUACGCCGCCCUUCUAUACGCAAUGCUGAUCUUAACCAUCUUCAAUCCAAACUAAGUUUACUUCAGGGCUUAGGUAUCACUUCAACUGACCUCGUUAAGAUCAUCAAUUGUCGCCCUCGAUUCCUUAGUUGUCGCAUCAAUCGUUGCUUUGAUGAACGACUGGCGUACUUUAUGGAUUUGUUUGGGUCAAGGGAAAUGCUACUUAAGUCCAUUAUCAGGAAUCCUUCGCUACUUACAUAUGACUUCCAUAAUAUUAUUAAACCUGCCGUUGCAUUAUAUGAAAGUAUGGGUGUUAGUAAAAAGGAUUUGAUUCCUAUGCUCUUGUCACGGCCAACUUUGAUUCCUCGUACCUCAUUUGAUGAUGAGAAGAUAGAGUACAUACGCAAAACUGGGAUUUGCAAGAACUCCAAGAUGUAUAAAUACGUAGUUACUCUACUGGGUAUUUCAAGGAUUGAGACCAUCCGCAAAAAAGUGGCGAACUUUGAAAAGUUUGGGUUUACAGACGAAGAAGUUUGGAGUCUUAUUGGGCGUUCUCCCCUUCUGUUGACAAUGUCAGUUGACAAGGUUCAAAGGAAUAUGACCUUCAUUGUGGGCACGAUGAAGCUCCCGGCAACUGUGGUGCUUAAGUAUCCAUAUUUGCUUUUAAAUAAUCUGGAGGCUGUGUUGAAGCCCCGGGUGCUGCUUGCAGGUAAAAUACGAGACAUGGGUCUCUCCACACAAAUUAAAGGACCUCUGAUGUUUAGGGCACUAAGGAUGAAAGAAAAGCGAUUCGUGAAGGCAUUUGUUUGGUGUCAUCCAAAGGAUGUUGCUGAAGAGUUGAUGGAGUUCUAUGUAAAGGCAAAGGGUUUAAAGCGAUUGGCUGAAACCUCAAAGAAAAGUUUGCAUAGAGGGUUUCCUUUCUAAACAUUUUUGGCUACUAGAUUCAUAAUUUUUUACAACCUUUUUUUUUUGGAUUGAUUUUUCGAGUAUUUUGAGAUUUGACCGAUGAACUUUAGUUUACAGAAUUUUCGGCGGUGCACAAAUACGAAUGUGUGCAUUUUUUUUUUUGCCAUAUGAUCAUUUGGUGUUGAUUAAUCACUGUACAAUUAAUUUUUAGUUACUCAUCCCAUAUGAUCUUGCGUGGGGUUUUAUCCUUUAUUUC